CUAGCGCGAGCAACACAUGGGACGUGGAUGGGAAUCACUAAAGAUGGCAAAGUAGCUGUGUUGACCAACUACCGCGAGGACACUUCUGAGCAGGCUACUGGAGCGCGAAGUCGAGGUCUCAUCGUUAACAGCUGGCUGACAUCGGCUCCGGACCGACGACAGUCAACCGAGGAGUUUGUGCAAGGAAUGGUUGCAAGCCCGUCUGCCAGGAAUGUCGGUGGAUUCAGUCUUCUGUGCGGUUACGUCAAUGAACCCCUGGCCAUUGUCUCCAAUCGCUCGUCUACCAUGGAUCAUAUCGCCUGGGUUGCCACAGAGAAAGGUCAGACACUCGGCCUCAGCAAUACAGUUUUCGACGACCGAUCUUGGCCCAAAAUCCUUGAGGGUGAGAGACUGAUGAAGGAAGCUAUUGCUGAGCACGCGCAGGCGGGGGAAGACGAGGAUGCCCUGGUCAACAGAUUGCUCGAUAUGCUGAGUAUCAAUACGCUACCCAAGCUUGCCGAGGAUGCCACCGCGGAAGACUACCUCCCGUACUUCAGGCAAAGCAUAUUUAUCCCAGUAUUGGGAGCUCGCGAGAAGUCUGUCAAACGCAAAGACGAGGUGCCUGCAGUCUGCGUUGAGAGUAAAACGGCGGAGGAUGCUUCUUCCGGGCAACAUGAUGCUCUAGACCACUCCUUCCUGCAGGGGGCAUAUGGGACACAGCAGCAAACAGUGAUCCUGGUGAGUACAGACGGACGAGUGCGCUAUUUUGAGCGUACGCUUUAUGACAAUGAUGCCACUGCCAUCCCGAUCGGUCAAGGUGAUCGAUCGUUUGAAUUCCAUGUCGGCCAACGAUGAGAAAAGGGGACUGGGGGACUGGGGGACUGGGGUCUUUGGUAAAUUGCAAUGUACUUGCCUGUACAUGGGUCUUUGCUCCGACUCUCAAUGGCUGUGACUUUUGUAAAUAGUAUAAUGGCUUAAUAUCGAGAAUGCCAAAAUAGCAAUUGAUUGCAAGCUACUGGACAAGCGAAGUGGGCAUGAACUAGGCACCAG